CGGGCUGUCAAGCAGCGGAGAAGGAAGGUGUGUUUAGUUUGUAGGUUUCGGGAGCGCAACCUCAUUCCUGCGGUGGCGUUUCUGUUGCUCGCUGUGAGCUCAAACCUGCUUUUUCUACCUGUUCAUUCACUCAUUUUUUUUGUUUUGUUUUUUACACGGAUAAACGCUUUUGCGAUAAAAACCGUUUAUGGUCUUGGCUGAAGAUUUCACCAUGUCUCGCACUGACGAGGUUCAUCGCUUUACGGAAAAUGUUUAUAAGACCAUCAUGGAGCAGUUCAACCCCUGCUUACGGAACUUUGUUGCCAUGGGGAAGAACUAUGAGAAGGCCCUUGCCAAUGUGACAUUUGCUGCAAAAGGCUACUUUGACGCCCUGGUACGAAUGGGUGAGCUGGCCAGUGAGAGUCAAGGAUCCAAAGAUUUGGGGGACGUUCUGUUCCAGAUGGCUGAGGUCCACAGACAGAUCCAAGUGCAGCUAGAGGAAAUGCUUAAAUGUUUCCAUAAUGAGCUGCUCUCUGAGCUUGAGAAGAAGGUGGAUCUAGAUGCUCGUUACUUGACUGCUGCCUUGAAAAAAUACCAGCUGGAACACAAGAGCAAAGGGGAAAGUCUGGAAAAAUGCCAGGGUGAACUGAAGAAGCUUCGAAGGAAGAGUCAAGGCAGUAAGAACCCUUCAAAGUAUGGAGAGAAGGAGAUGCAGUUUGUGGAGACCAUUAGCAAUAAGCAGACAGAGCUAGACACCUUCAUAGCUGAGGGCUACAAGACGGCCUUGUCAGAGGAACGCCGCAGAUACUGCUUCCUCGUGGACCGACAAUGUGCUGUGGCCAAAAACAGCAGCGCCUACCAUGGAAAGGGAAAAGACCUUUUGACCCAGAAGAUCCCAGUGUGGCAGCAGGCCUGCUCAGAUCCCAACAAACUGCCAGACAGAGCCAUGCUGCUGGCCCAGCAGAUGGGUUCUGCUGCUCUUGGAGGCACAAGUCCCCUGCACUCCUCCAAAUCCAAUCUGGUCAUCUCAGACCCCAUACCGGGGGCUCAGCCUCUUCCUGUUCCCCCGGAGCUGGCUGUUUUUAUGGGGAGUGGCCUCGGACACCCAGCGAGGCUGAUGGGCCCGGAUGGCAUGUCGAUGGUCAAUGGGACGACAGGAGUCCACGGCGAGGAAUACUGGACAGAUGGGGGUUCGAUGUCUGUGUCUCAAGUUAGGCCAGCAUCCCCUCAGACUCAGGCACAGGGCCAGUCCCAGGUCCAGCCCCAGAGACAGGUCAGCGACGUCUACUCCAACACCCUCCCUGUGCGUAGGCCUGCUCCUGCCAAGAAUAAAAACCCAGUGGGAGAGACACGGACUCUGCCCAGGUCCAGUUCCAUGGCAGCCGGACUGGAAAAGAACGGGCGCUCACGCGUCCAGGCCAUCUUCUCCCAUGCCGCAGGCGACAACAGUACCCUGCUAAGCUUCUCCGAGGGAGAUGUCAUCACCCUGCUAGUGCCUGAGGCUCGUGAUGGCUGGCACUAUGGAGAAAAUGAGAAGAACAAGAUGCGUGGCUGGUUCCCAUUCUCCUACACACGUGUGCUCCCUGAAAGUGAUGGCGACAAGCUCAAAGUGAAUUCCAGCCUCCAUCAUGGUAAAAGCAGCAGCACUGGGAACCUUCUAGAGAGCGACGGCUCACUGCCCACACCUGACUACGGUCUAACUGCCCGACUGUUGGCACAGAGCUUGGCACAGACCCGCCCACGGCCCUACAGCAUGGCAGGGUUCGCCCCACAGCCUGCCAUUGAGGAUUAUGACAGCCGCUUUGCCACAAGCGACCGGUCCCUCGAGUUCUUCCUCCGUCCCUCUUUCUCUGAUGAUCGGUCUGCACCCAUCUACUACUAGCAACCUGCCGCCGCCUUCUUUCCACUGAUGGGCACCUAUUCUAUGAGAGGAGAAAAGUAGCCAGGACUUGCAUGUUUUAUAUUUACCACAAGAGGGCCCAGAGGUGGGAUCGUCUCAACAUAUGGCUUGCUCAACCUCAAAUUUCUUCUUUUUAUUGAAAACUUCUUAGAAUCCAACAGCUUCAGCCACAAUUAAAUGUCUCUGCCUGAACUUUUAAAGGUGAUGGUUUAUAGAUUUAUUAAGUUACUUAGGUCACAGCUGUUCUGGAUAAGGUAAGGCUAGGAAGUUUUUUCUUUAUCUGCUUUCCUGUUAAAAUGUUAGUUUUUCUUAGUUUCAUCUUAGUUUUUCUUUAAUACUGUAAAUAUUUCUAGAGGAGUGGGAUCUGAAAGCAGGGCCACAGACCAAUUUGUCACUAUGCUUCAAUUUUGCUUCUUUUAGGUCAUUAUGAUUAUAUUUGUUAGUGGUGAUGCAGGACACCCAGACUUUCAAUCUCCUGUGCCUUCUCUGCUUCUUUGCUGGUUUUGUAAACAAAAAAAUGCUCUUAUUGUUCUAUUAAAUUGGUUUAAGGUUAAUUAUGUGCAGUGAAGUUCUGCCUGUGUUUUUUUUUUAUUUUUAUUUUUUAUUAUUAUUAAUCCUACCACUAUUCAUGGGAAUAUUUCAGUUUUUGUUUUUUGAUAUGAGGGCAAGCUUCUGUACAGCUACAAGUUCACAGUAAUACCCUAACAUAUUUUUUAAUUGCUAUUUUUUUCCUUAUAAUUUAAAUUUUAUUAAUUUUUAUUAAUAAUUCUGUAAAUGAUCAGGAUAUGGGGAAAAUCCUGACGAUCUUUCUUUUAUUUUUUAUUUUUCUUUUAGCUUUGAGGGAGUGGUAGAUAUUCAGAUAAGCUCCAGUAUUAUCUUUUCAGAUCUUUCAUUCUCAGUAUUACAGGGCACUCUGAUCUAAAACACAAACAUGUUUUAUAUAAAUUAGGAUGUGUGAAGAUGAAGACUAGAAAGAUUAAAAUCAAAGAAAGAAAUAUUGCUUGGAUGAAUGAGCAGCAGUGCUUUCCAAUAAGGCAUUGCGCUCUGAAUUAUGAGUUUGUUUUUAACAAAUGAGUCAUUUACACUGAUGUGAUCAUACUUGCAUCACAAUUAAAUGUCUUUUUUUAUUUUUAAA